GAGCAUAAGUGUACGGGUUGUCCCUUUGGCUUGCCGUAGCCCACACGGCGGGAUUGAAUUGAAGCUGGGAACUGAAAGUGUCAGUGUGGCAUGUACUUUUAUUUUGUUGUUUGGUAACACAGCGCAUGGUAAUUGAUCUCUCUACACAGGACAAACUACAAGGGUCCAGUGGCAGGGUUUCACCGUGUUGAAGAUGUGCUCUCUGGCGUUGUUCCCCCCUCCGCUGCCCUCCGGACAAACCACUCUGUGCGAGUCCAACAACGAGCUGCUGUCCGGGACCAGCACAGAAGACCGACCCAAACAGGAGUCCAGUCCACUGAGUCUGUACUUCCCCCGAGAGUCUCUGAAGCUCCACAGUCGAACAGAAAGCAGCAGCAAAGCAGCUUUUCUGGACCACUCUGAAACACUGUGGAUGAGGAGUGCAGCUGCAUGGCGGGAUGGUGGUUUGACAGGACUCCUCACUGAAAUUACCAACUCACAUACAGAGGUGCCUAAAUGGCUGUCAGUGAGUUCUGGUUGUACCCUGGCAUUGCUCCGAUGGAUCUCUUCUUUUCACGGCUCCUUGUUUCCUCAUCUCACACUGAGCAGUGAGGACAUGAUAGCUGAGUUUUCACAAGUGCUGAACUGGUCUGACUGUGUGGUGCGAGCCUUUUCGUGGCAUCCUCACACAGAUAAAUUUGCUGUAGCCCUCUUGGACGACUCCAUUAAAAUCUACAACCCCAAAAGUGCCACAACUCCCACACUAAAGCACCGUCUACAGAGGAGUGUGGCAGCAGUGCAGUGGAAGCCUCUGUGUGCAUCUGCUUUGGCUGUCGCUUGUCAAAACUGUUUACUGGUCUGGCACGUGGACCCCUGCUCACUGUCUACCAGGCCUUCAUCUGGUUGUGCUCAAGUUUUGUCUCAUCCUGGUCACUCCCCUGUCACCUCCAUCGCCUGGUCCCCGAGCGGGUCUCUCCUCGUGUCGGCCUCGCCCGUGGACACUGCAGUGAUGGUUUGGGAUGUAGCUGCAGAAAGUUGUGUGCCACUUCAGCGUUUGGGAGGAGGUGGGGUCACCUUCCUGUCCUGGUCCCCUGAUGGCAGCCAUGUCCUGGCUUCUACACCUUCCACCCUGUUCAGGGUAUGGGAGACCAGGAUGUGGACCUGCGAGCGCUGGCCGUGUGUGAAAGGGCGCUGCCAGUCUGGCUGUUGGAGUCCAGAUGGGAGUCGACUUCUCUUCACUGUGCAGGGGGAGACGGUCAUCUAUGCUCUGACUUUCACUGACGCGCCAGCAGGUAUUCCUACAGGCUCAUCAAAGGGGCCACAGGCAGCAGCAGUGGUGGCUGACCUAUCAGAGACGACCUUUAACACGCCAGAUGGAGACAUCAUUGUCGGUGGAGAGAUCCAGUCGUUAUCCUGGGAUCCAAGAGGAGAGAGACUCGCAGUGCUUCUUAAAGGUGAUCCUCAGGCAGUGGACCGGCCUGCAAUUAUAGCCGUGUUCAAGACGAGAACCAACCCCAUUUUUGAGCUUUUGCCGUGUGGUUUUGUUCAAGGGGAGCCCGGUGCAGAGCCGAGACUGAUGCAGUUCCACCCGAAUUUCCAGCAUGGAGCUCUGCUCACUGUGUGUUGGUCCACUGGAAGAAUUACCCACGUGCCUUUCUACUUCCUGAGCACCGGUGUCCCCCAUUUUGGCCUGAGUGGCAGUCCGUUACUGCCUCGCCUGCAGGAAAGGCCCUCUGCCUUCGCCAACCAGUCGCUCUUUACAGAGCUCAUCUCCUGACCGACCAGCAGCCACCAUCACACACUCAAGAGUCAUUUCUGUCAUCAUGGAUUGUCAAUAAAUGUGUAAAAAUUC